AUAUACGUAUCAAGUACUCGUGAAAAUAUCAAAUCAACAAAUACUUAGGUGCGCGAUCAGAAUUUGGCAGGAUGUGAUUGUGCGAACCACAUACUCUCGAGGAGAUGUCAAACGGUUGAAACUUGAAACAAGCCACUAUGCUCGUCGAUUAAUACUUAUAUUUCAUUUAAAGAUAUGUCGAGAACGUGCUGUAUUGGAGAUUUUAGCGAAAAAUAAGAUGUCACCGUUUCGGAGGAAAAAGUCCGGGAGAUCUUUUCCCGUCAAAGUUUGCACCUUAGAUGCAGAACUCGAAUUUAAUCUAGAGUGGAGAUCGACAGGCAGAGAAUUGUUUGAUCUGGUGUGCCGUACAAUAGGAUUGAGAGAAACGUGGUAUUUUGGACUUCAAUACGAAGAUGCAAAGGGCUUUAUUUCUUGGUUAAAGUUAGACAAGAAAGUUCAAGAUCAAGGCAUUUCGCAACAUCAAACAACAUCAUUCAUGUUCUUAGCAAAAUUUUAUCCUGAGGAUGUUGCUGAAGAACUAGUACAAGAAGUCACUCAACAUCUGUUUUUUUUACAAGUAAAACAAGCUAUACUGUCCAUGGAUAUUUAUUGUCCACCUGAAGCUUCUGUAUUACUUGCUUCUUAUGCUGUCCAAGCAAAGUAUGGUGAUUAUGAUGAAAUUUCAUAUCGUCCUGGAAUGCUUGCCAGUGAGGACUUGCUUCCACAAAGAGUUAUAGAUCAAUAUCAAAUGACUCCAGAAAUGUGGGAGGAUAGGAUAAAAAUUUGGUACGCCGAUCAUCGUGGCAUGUCUCGAGACGAAGCAGAAAUGGAAUAUCUUAAAAUUGCUCAGGAUCUUGAUAUGUAUGGUGUGAAUUAUUUUCCUAUUAGUAAUAAGAAGGAAACAGAUCUUUGGCUUGGAGUUACAGCAUUGGGAUUGAAUAUUUAUGAAAAAGAAAAUAAAUUGGCACCGAAGACAACGUUUACAUGGUCGGAAAUUCGUCACAUUAGUUUUGACGAUAAGAAGUUUAUAAUCAAGCCUGUAGAGAAAACAUCACCAAACUUCAUGUUCUUCUCGCAGAAAACUCGCAUGAACAAACUGGUAAAAAAACAAUCAGAUGUUGGCAGCUGGGUGAGGGGUUUAAUAGCUUUAAAGUUGAACGAACAUAAUAGUGACACAGCUGCUCACGUAUUAUUUGUUAAGAUCCUAGAUCUAUGUAUUGGCAAUCACGAUCUAUUUAUGAGGAGACGCAAACCGGAUUCCAUGGAAGUUCAACAAAUGAAAGCACAAGCCAAGGAAGAAAAAUCCAGGAGGCAAAUUGAAAGAAAUAAAUUAGCACGAGAAAAACAAUUAAGAGAGGCAGCAGAAAGAGAAAAGGCUGCAAUGGAACAGCGACUUCUACAAUAUCAGGAGGAGAUACGAUUGGCGAAUGAAGCUCUUAGAAGGUCUGAAGAGACGGCAGAUCUUUUAGCUGAGAAAAGUCGUGUAGCAGAAGAAGAAGCAAUGCUUUUAAGUCAGAAAGCAUCGGAAGCUGAACAAGAAAUCACGCGUAUACGAUUGAAUAAUAUGAAGACUGAAGAAGAAAAAGUCCAUUUGGAACGGAAAACUAGAGAAGCUGAAUUAUUAACUGAAAGACUAGUUCAAGAAUCGGAACGUAGAGCUGCUGAAGCAGAAAAAUUAAAAGACGAAUUAUUACGUGCAAGAAUCGCUGAGAAAGAAGCUAAGGAAAAAUUAUUAGAGUUCCUGAGUAGAAAUGCCUAUACCUCUACCAUAACUCCUGUGCCAAAUUUAUUUCCGUCUACGCAAGUACUUCCGUCAGAUCUACAAGCAGAUCUUCAGACUCUACAAUUAGAACCUUUACAUGCAGAACCUUUACCACCUGAUUUAACAUCCUAUGAUCUUAUUAGUGAUGGAGAUGUCGAUCAACUUUCAUUAGAGAUUGAAAGGGAAAGGAGCGAUUAUUUAGAGAAGAGUAAACAUUUACAGGAACAACUACGAGAAUUACGUUCCGAAAUUGAAGGUUUAAAAGUUGGUGAUAAGCAGAGCGAAUUGGAUCACUUGCAUGAGGAACAAGUUCGACUCGGCGAGAAUAAAUACAGCACCCUAAAAAAAGUGAAAUCCGGAUCCACUAAAGCUAGAGUCGCCUUCUUUGAGGAGUUGUAAUUAUUGAGAAAAAAAUGAAUUUACUAAUAGAUGCGUAUUAAUAUGAUACUAGUAAAAUUCAUUUAUACUGAAAAAGAUAUAAAUAUGUAUGCGCGCAUACACAUACACACACGCGCGCGCGCGCGCGCGCGCGCCUACACAAAGAAAAGGAGAGUGGAUAGCCAAUUAAUCUAAUUGAAAAAUGGAAUAUCUUGUAACAACGUACUUGGGUAUUCUACAUAGAACAUUGAAUGAAAUGCUGAACUAGAUUUAUUAACAAAUUUGAAAUUCUUACAAAAUUUCCGUGGAAAUUCUAUACAGAUAUUGAAUGUAGGAAAUCAUAGGCUUGUUGUUCGCUAUAUUAAAAUUUUUGUUUUCGACAAAUUCAAAUAUACACCAACUUCAAAUAUCUAUUUUAUUUUAAGUACAAGUUUCUUAAAUAGUGCUCACUAAUUAUACAGCACUAUUCCUAAUAAAAAAUUGAGGUGGAAAAUCCUGAAUCAUUUUUUUUCUACAAUGAUCAAUGAAGCAAUUAUUCCCGAAUAAAGCUAAUCCGCUGUCCUUUGAAUAUCACACGUGAGUGAAUCGCGCUUAAUAUUGUGCAUAAAUCCACUCGUUACGUUGUUAUCAUCAUUAACGUACUAUAUUCUCAAUCAUAAUGGUGUGAAAAAAUUUCUUUUAUGAUUAAAAAUCAUAUUUUUUUUGUCAGAAACAGCUUUCAAGAAAAUUUCAAUAAGAGAUAAUUCUCUCUGUACAUUAUAAAAAAAAGAUUAUUGUACCAAAUUAUAUAUUAAAAUUCAUACUUUGUAUUAUUUUUACAAGAAUACAUGCUCCUCGAAACAAAACUAUUGUAGCAAAUUAAAAUUAUAAAAUCCAAGUAACACUAUCUUUAGUGUACCAAAUAAAAAAAAUAAAGUCCAA